AUGCUAACGAGAAAGAUUAAGCUUUGGGACAUUAAUGCCCAUAUAACCUGUCGUCUGUGCAAUGGAUACCUGAUUGAUGCUACUACUGUAACAGAAUGCUUACAUACUUUCUGUAGAAGCUGCCUAGUGAAAUAUUUGGAGGAAAACAACACCUGUCCAACCUGUAGAAUUGUUAUACAUCAGAGCCACCCGUUACAGUAUAUUGGUCAUGACAGAACAAUGCAAGACAUUGUUUAUAAACUUGUGCCAGGCCUCCAAGAAGCGGAAAUGAAAAAGCAAAGGGAGUUUUAUCACAAACUGGGCAUGGAAGUUCCAGGGGACAUCAAAGGGGAGACAUGUUCUACAAAACAGCACCUAGAUUCCCAUCGAAAUGGUGAAACUAAAGCAGAUGAAAAUUCAAACAAAGAAACUUCUGAGGAAAAACAGGAAGAAGAUAACGACUACCACCGAAGUGACGAACAGGUAAGCAUCUGCUUGGAAUGCAAUAGCAGCAAAUUGCGUGGAUUGAAACGGAAAUGGAUUCGCUGCUCAGCACAAGCAACAGUCUUGCAUCUAAAGAAGUUCAUUGCCAAAAAACUUAACCUUUCUUCUUUUAAUGAGCUGGACAUAUUAUGCAAUGAAGAGAUUCUUGGCAAGGACCACACACUCAAGUUUGUAGUUGUUACUAGAUGGAGAUUUAAGAAAGCACCUCUACUGCUACAUUACAGACCCAAAAUGGACUUGCUGUAAGAGAACUUUAUUGUCCUUCUGGACAGAGUUUUUUGCAGAGACGAUCAUCUGGCACCUUCUUAGUGCAUCACUAAUCACAUGACACAAACCAGCUGAAUAAUUUUGGAAGACUGUAGUGCUUUCAUAGCGGACUGUCCUUCUGAAUAUUUCUUCUAGGGAUGUGUUAACCUAGAUUUCUGGACAGAAAAUAUUUAUACUUUUUUUUGUACGGAAGAAAGAAGUUGCAACUCAACAAGACACUACCAGCACUAAGUUUACAGAUACUGAAAACACUUCACAGUCCCAUGUAGCUCAGCCUGAUUUAUCUCUUACAGUUACACAGAAAUAAGUUAGAAUGUUGUGGGGUGAUUUUAAAAAUGUUGCUUUUAACACCAAGUUGUAUUUAGUUACUUUUCACAUUCUGAAUCUUUAAAAACUAUAUUUUUGCAAAGUGUUACUGUCUUAUAUAGUAUGCCUGAUUGCAUUGGCUU